AUGGUCCGUGGUCUUCCCACCCUGCUGGCCUUCUCAGUGCUCGGUCAGGCUAGUACUGCGCCGCGUGCCCGCGACGCGACUUGCAACACCGUGCAGUUUGCUUUUCCUGCGGGAACAAACAAAAAUGAUCCUCGCGCCGAAGCCGUGAAACAGGCCUACGUGCGUGAAUGGAAUGAAUAUUCGAAAUAUGCUUUUCCUAAUGAUGAUCUUCUUCCGAUCACGCAUAACUUCACCAAUGACUUGUUUGGCUGGGGCGCUACAGUUGUUGAUGCUAUUGACACGGCCGUUGUUAUGGGUCUCACCGAUAUUGUAGAGCAGCAGUUGAAACAUAUUGCUGCCGUUGACUUUACAAAAUCCGCUUAUCUUGUUGACUUCUUUGAUGUCAAUAUUCGUUAUAUUGCUGGACUUCUGAGUGCGUACGAUCUCAUCAAGAGUGGCGAUUUCCCGAAUUCGUAUGAUGAUGAUCUUGUCGAUGCCCUUUUGUCUCAAGCCAAAUCUCUGGCGACGGCUAUCGCCCCUGUCUUUGACACCGUCACUGGCCUUCCUGCAGCUAACUUGAACUUUACAUCCGGAGAGAUUGUGCAAAGCACUACCACAGUGAACGGUACCAACUAUAAUAGUACCAACACGGCUCAGGCUGGAACUAUGAUUCUGGAAUACUAUCAUCUUUCGGAUCUUACUGGUGAUGAGUCUUUCCGUCAGCAUGCCCAAAGAGCUGAAGGGUAUCUGAUCAACCCUAGCCCUGCCCCAGCCUUCCCUGGUCUCGUUGGUACUGAGCUGGACACCGAGACAGGAAAAUUCAUCACUCUUGAUGGUGGAUGGGAAGCUGGAGUCGACAGCUAUAUCGAGUAUCUGAUCAAAACCUAUGUCUACAAUCGCGAUGAUUCGCUCGCUUCUGAUAUGAAGGACUUUUGGAUUACCACUGCCGAGUCGAGCAUGGAGAAUAUUGCUCUGAGCCCCUAUCAUCAGCCACAGCUAACCUUCCUGUCUCAACUGGAUAUCAACGGUAGCAUCAUGUGGAGCAUGGAUGAUUAUGCUUGCUUUGCCGGCGGAAACUUGCUACUCGGUGGUAAAUACCUCGACAGACCCGAUAUCACCGAGCUCGGUGUGAAGGUAGCUGACAGCUGCCACUGGUGGUACAACCACACUUUAACCGGACUGGGGCCCUCCACGAUCGGUUGGUUCAACGCUAGCAAUCAGCCUUAUGAUCCGUCUUACAACAACGCCACCUACCGUGCUGAAGCUUCCAAGUACGGAUACUUCAUCGAGGACCCCUCUUACCGCUCCUACCCUGAGCCUUUGGAGAGCAUCUUCUACGCAUACCGUGUCACUGGCGAUGAGCGCUGGCAGGACUAUAACUGGGAAAUCUUCAAAGCCCUUGACACUACUCGGUCGGAAUCUGUACCGUAUGCUGAGAUUACCGAUGUCAAUGAGCCUAACGGUGGCACGCUGGUCAACUAUGUUUCCAGCUUCUACUUUGCUGAGGUUUUGAAGUAUCUUUAUCUCUCGUUUGCUGAGCCUGAUGUUGUGAGUUUGGAUAAGUAUGUGUUUAACACGGAGUGUCAUCCAUUUACUAUUAAGAAGACAUGCUAG